AUGGAGGAGGCGGAGGUGGCGGCUUCGCGUGCUUCCAAGAGGGGCAGAUCUAUUCCGGUUGAUGACCAAGAAAAACCACCGGAGAGCGGCAGCAGCCUCGACGAUCUGCGGAGCCUCGAGGAUCUCAUCAGCAACCUCCCCGAUGCCAUCCUUGGUACCAUAAUUUCUCUCCUCCCCACUAAGGAUGGCGUGCGCACACAGGUACUCUCCCACUGUUGGCUUCCCCUCUGGCGCUCCACACCUCUCAACCUUGUGGUUGAUCAUCACCUAGCAAUCAUCCCCGAUGUGGUCUCCAAGAUCCUAUCUGACCAUCAAGGCUCUGCUCGCCGCUUCUCGCUCCACCUCGCCAUCCUCACCAGACGCAGGGGCGAGAUUGAUGGGUGGCUUUACUCCCAAUCCCUCGAUAACCUCCAGGAGAUCGAGGUCGCCAACAAGGCAGCGGCACACUACAUACUGCCUACGGCCGUGCUUCGUUUCGCGCCCACGCUCUGCGCAGUCAAUCUAGAGCGUUGUCAAUUCCCCAACUUGGUUGUGCUGCCGUCUCCAAAUUUUCCGCUCCUCAAGCUGCUCAUCCUAUAUGAAGUCAUCAUCUCUGAGGACUCUCUCCACAACUUGCUCUCUGAGUGCACAACUUUAGAAAGCCUUUCGCUACAUUUUGUGAACUUUGGUCGCAUAUGCAUUAGCUCCCUAACUAUUAGGAGCAUCAUCUUCAAUGCUUCAUGGGACACUUCUCAAGAGCUUGUCAUUGAGAAUGCCCCUUGCCUUGAGAGAUUAGUAUCAUCUAAUCUGUCAAUGAGUCCUACGAAUAUACGGUUCAUCCAGGCAAUUGAUCCCUUACGCAGUCCUACGACCGUCCGGGGAAAGGUUGCUCUCAGUUUGACAACCAAAAUGCACACCAUGAAGAUUCUGUUUCUUGACUCCAUCGGUCCUAAAUUUGAUGUGUCAUACCCAGAAAAGGGGAUGAAUAAUUUGCAGAAAUAUGACCCACGGGAUCCAGUUGAAUGCCUUGAGUUUCAUCUCAAGAAAGUGGUGUUAAGGAAUUAUAAUGGUAACAACAAGGCAGCUAUGGACUUUGCGAAGUUCCUUAUCUUGAAUGCGAAAGUUCUAAAGGAUAUGAAAAUUGAAGUCAUUAGCAACCGCAGUGACAAGCGUCUGCAAUAUCAUCGUAGGCAGUUGCAAGUGGAGAACAGGGCUUCACAAGAUGCCCGUGUUGAACUCAAUAGGUGCGGGCCAAGAUUCAUGCAUAGUCGAUAUGGCCAUGAUUUCUCAAGGGCUGAUCCCUGGGACACUGUUGAAUAG